AUGAGCAAUAGAAAAUCAAUAGCAAAUAACGAAUCUGAUGGCGCAAUGAAUAAAUAUCCAUUUCCAGAAGAUGCAGAAGGUCGUCGACGUAUCAAUAUUCAACGCAUGCAAAAUGUUCUUCUUAUCUGGUUAGACAGUAACAUUGACGAGACAAAUAAUGAUUGCCAAAAUACAAUCAAACAACUGCGACGGGCUAUCAACGACAUCAAUACAUUUACAGAGGGUGAUCAAUGCCUAGAAUUCAUUGAAACAAUCGUUAACAAAAAAGCAUGUAUGAUUAUAUCUGGAUCACUUGGACAACAUAUUGUAUCUCGUGUGCACAUUAUGUCUCAAAUUGAUUCAAUUUUUAUUUUUUGUGACAACCAAAACUAUCAUGAACAAUGGGCCAAAGAAUGGUCUAAAAUAAAGGGUGUCUUCACAAAUAUUACAUCUAUCUGUAAAGCACUCAAAUUGGCAGCUCAUCAAUGUGAGCAAAAUGCCAUUCCAAUGAGUUUUGUGGGAUUAAACAAAAAAUUGGAUCACUUAGAUCCUUCUUUUAUGUAUACACAACUCAUCAAGGAAAUAUUACUGAGCAUCAAGUUCGAACAAAAACACAUUCAAGAUUAUAUUAAUUACUGUCGCGAUGUUUUUGUUGACGAUGACGAAGAAAUGGUUCAUAUUAAACAGUUUGAAGAUGAAUACUACGACGAACCACCAAUUUUUUGGUACACCUGUGACAUGUUCCUCUAUCCCAUGCUCAAUCGUGCAUUACGAUUGAUGGAUGGUGAUAUCAUUACAAGAAUGGGCUUCUUCAUCGGUGAUUUGCAUAGAAAUAUCGAACAACUACACCAGGAACAAUAUGUUGAUAAAACUGUUGCUGACACCUUCACUCUUUAUCGUGGACAAGGUUUAUCUAAUGCGGAUUUUGAACAAAUGAUGAAAGCUAAAGGUGGUCUUGUUUCAUUUAACAACUUCUUAUCUACCAGUGAAAACAUCAAAGUUUCAUUAGGUUUUGCUGAAGAUGCUACAAAAAAUCCAGAUCAAGUGGGAAUUGUUUUUAUUAUGCAUAUUAAUCGUGCUCAAUCAACAACACCCUUUGCUUCCAUUGCUAAUAUCAGCGCUAUGAAAAGAGAAAAGGAAGUUUUAUUUUCGAUGCAUAGCGUGUUUCGCAUCCAGGAUAUUAAACAGAUGGAUGGAAAUAAUCGUUUGUAUGAAGUUAACUUGACACUUACUAGUGAUAAUGAUCCAGAACUGAACAGACUUACUGAUUACAUUCGAGAAAAGAAUUUUCCAGACAAAGAAGCAUGGUACAGAUUGGGUUCCGUAUUACAUAAAAUGGGUCAGUUUAACAAAGCUGGACAUAUUUAUCAAGUUUUAUUUGAUCAAACAAACGAUGAUAAAGACAAGGCAGAUAUUUACUCUCAACUUGGUUUAAUCAAAGAAGCUCAAGGAAAAUUUGAAGAAGCGCUUUCAUCUCAUGAAAAUGCCCUUGAAAUUCGACGACAAUCACUUCCUCCUAAUCAUCCUGAUUUGGCUGUUUCUUACAACAACAUUGGUGAAGUGCAUGACAGUAUGGAUAAUUAUCCCGCAGCAUUAUCAUUUCACGAAAAAGCUCUUGAAAUCCGACGACAGUCACUUCCUCCCACUCAUCCUGAUUUAGCUGAUUCCUACAACAACAUUGGUAAUGUGCUUGACUGUAUGGGUAAAUAUUCCGAAGCACUCUCUUAUUAUGAGAAAGAUCUUGAAAUCAGUAAACAGUCACUUCCUCCCAAUCAUCCAGAUUUGGCUACUUCCUACAGCAACAUUGGUUCAGUGCAUGACAGUAUGGGCAAAUAUCCCGAAGCUCUUUCAUUUCAUGAAAAAGCCCUUGAAAUUCGACAACAAUCACUUCCUUCCAAUCAUUCUGAUUUGGCUACUUCCUAUAGCAACAUUGGUAAUGUGCAUUACAGUAUGGGUAAUUAUCCCAAAGCACUUUUAUUUUACGAAAAAGGUCUUGAUAUUCAACAACAAUCACUUCUUGACAAUCAUCCUGAUUUGGCUACUACCUACAACAACAUUGGUUCAGUGCAUAAAUACAUGUGUAAUUACUCUGAAGCACUUUCAUUUCUUGAAAAAGCCCUUGAAAUUAGACAACGAUCACUUCCUUCAGAUCAUCCAUAUUUGCUUGUCUCAUGCGGGAACAUUGGUGUAGUGCAUGACAGCUUGGGUAAUUACACAAAAGCCCGUACCUUUUAUGAACAUGCUAUACAAAUCGGAGAACAAUCAUUACCUUUAAAUCAUCCGGAUCUUCAAAUGUAUAGAAAUAAGCUCGAAGAUGUAAUAAACAGAUAA